UAUCUUCACACUUCCCAGUUCCCAGUUCCCAGUUCCCAGUUGUAGUGGUAAAUCAAAACAAAAGCGAUGGCAUCGGAACAGCAACGAGCGGAUCUCGACGCAAAAGCAAAGCAGGGAGAGACGGUGGUUCCCGGAGGAACCGGCGGCAAAAGCCUCGAUGCUCAAGAACGCCUCGCUGAAGGGCGGAGCCGGGGAGGGCAGACGAGGAAGGAGCAGCUGGGCCACGAAGGGUAUCAGGAGAUGGGCCAGCGCGGGGGAGAGACCCGGAGGGAGCAGAUGGGCCACGAGGGCUACCAAGAAAUGGGCCGCAAAGGAGGCCUCGGCACCGACCGGGCCAACGAGGAAGGGAUCCAGAUCGACGAGUCCAAGUUCCGGACCAAGGACAAGGACCGUUGAACCGGAUUUCUGCUCAAAUAUGACCCGGUUCGAGCCGUCGUCCUUUCGGAAGUACCUGAAUAAUAUAUAUAUGGGUGUGUGUACUUUUGGUAUUAUGUAAAUUAUUAGGGGUUGCUUUGUAAUUUGUGUUCUGUUUGUUUUUCCUUUUUGGUGGUGUGUACGUCGGCCGGCGACCUCUUAUUGGUCGUUUUGGCUAUCUUGAUGUAUGGUGUCGUAGAACAAGGCUUUGACUCUUUGUAUCUAAUAUAAUAGUUCUCUUUUAAUUUUCUUUA